CCCUGUCCGGCUCAGCCCCCAGCCAUUCGAGGCGCGGCGAGGCGCGGCGCGGCGGACGGGAUGGUAGUUGGCUGGGGUGGGAUUCUCAGCUAGAGGAAGCUGGAGCCGCGUCUGUCGCGGGCAGAGUGCGGAGGCCUCGCUGUGCUCAGUGCAGUAAUGCUUGGAGGCUGGAGUAUCGCUGCAUCCACUGAGGAGGAGGGAGGCAAUAACAAUGGACAGUGAGGCUGAGGCAGUUUCUUCAGUCAGCUGGGCUUUGCUAUAACAUUUGUCUUGUACACUGCAUAAUACAAAGGGGUUGAGUAAAUGAAUUCAAUAUAUAGUUUAAACUUUGUUAUGCAGUAUCACUAAGAAAAGGCUCAGAAGAUUGACUCUUCUGCGUGUUCCCCCUUUGGUGGUAUCGUCAAUCCAUGUUGAAUGCUGAGAGGGAAUCUUGGAGAUUGCAUAAAUCUUUGUAGAAAACUUGGCUGCAGGCAGCUGAACUGAAAUUAACUGCUGCCUUCUGGCUGUGGAGCACUAUUCUAACGUUCUUGUGUGAUAGUCUGUAGACUAAAUCAUGCCAGCUUUAUCAACUGGAUCUGGAAGUGACACAGGUCUGUAUGAGCUGCUGGCUGCAUUGCCAGCCCAGCUGCAGCCACAUGUAGACAGCCAGGAAGACCUGACCUUCCUCUGGGAUAUGUUUGGUGAAAAAAGCCUUCAUUCACUGGUAAAGAUUCAUGAGAAACUGCAUUACUUUGAAAAACAGAGCCCUGUACCCAUACUCCAUGAUGCAGCAGCCUUGGCAGAUGAUCUGGCUGAGGAGCUGCAGAGCAAGCCAUUGAACACUGAGAUUGGAGAGCUGUUGAAACUACUGUCUAAACCAAAUAUCAAGGCUUUGCUCUCUGUACAUGAUACUGUUGCUCAGAAGAACUAUGAUCCAGUAUUGCCUCCCAUCCCUGAUGAUAUUGAUGAGGAGGAAGACUCCGUAAAAAUAAUCAGACUGGUCAAAAAUAGGGAACCACUGGGGGCUACUAUUAAAAGGGAAGAACAUACUGGUGCAAUUGUGGUGGCUAGAAUAAUGCGAGGAGGAGCUGCUGACAGAAGUGGUCUUAUUCACAUUGGUGAUGAACUUAGGGAAGUCAAUGGGAUUCCUGUAGAUGAUAAAAAACCUGAAGAAAUAAUACAAAUUUUGGCUCAGUCUCAAGGAGCAAUUACGUUUAAAAUUAUACCUAGUAUCAAAGAGGAAACACCCACAAUAGAAGGCAAGAUGUUUAUCAAAGCCCUAUUUGACUAUGAUCCUACUGAGGAUAAAGCAAUACCUUGUAAAGAAGCUGGGCUUUCUUUCAGAAAAGGAGAUAUCCUUCAGAUCAUGAGCCAAGAUGAUGCAACCUGGUGGCAGGCUAGACAUGAAGGUGAUUCCAAUCCCAGAGCAGGAUUGAUCCCUUCAAAACAUUUCCAGGAGAGGAGAUUUGCAUUGAAAAGACCAGAAGUACAUAUGCAGCAACUGAAAAUUUCCAACAGAAAAUCAUCUGGUUUUAGGAGAAGCUUUCGUCUUAGCAGAAAAGAUAGAAAGACAAAUAAAUCCAUGUAUGAAUGCAAGAAGAGUGAUCAGUAUGAUACAGCAGAUGUCCCAACAUAUGAAGAAGUUGCACCAUAUCGACGACAGCCUACUGAGAAAUACAGGCUUGUAGUUUUGGUCGGUCCUGUGGGUGUAGGGUUGAAUGAACUUAAACGAAAAUUGUUGAUCAGCAAUACCCAGCAUUAUGGUGUAACAGUGCCGCACACGACUAGAGCAAGAAGAGGCCAAGAAAGUGACGGUGUUGAGUACAUUUUCAUUUCCAAGCACUUGUUUGAGACAGAUGUACAGAAUAACAAGUUUAUUGAAUAUGGUGAAUAUAAAAACAACUACUACGGUACAAGCAUAGACUCUGUUCGAUCUGUUCUAACUAAACACAAAGUUUGUUUGUUGGAUGUGCAGCCUCAUACAGUGAAGCAUUUAAGAACAUUAGAAUUUAAACCAUUUGUGAUAUUUAUAAAGCCUCCAUCACUUGAGCGUUUGAGAGAGACCAGAAAAAAUGCCAAGAUUAUUUCAAGCAAAGAUGAAAAAGUGGCUGCAAAACCUUUCAUGGAAGAAGAUUUUCAAGAAAUGAUUAAAUCUGCACAGAUGAUGGAAAGCCAAUACGGCCAUCUCUUUGACAAAGUUAUAGUCAAUGAUGACCUCACCACAGCUUACAAUGAGUUGAAAGCAACAUUUGACAAAUUGGAAACAGAGACCUUUUGGGUUCCAGUCAGCUGGUUGCAUUCAUAACACUAUAAAUAAGGAAUAUAAAUGAUGAUAGUUCAUAAUCUUUUUAAUAAAGUGCAUGGCUGGAACUCAAUUAGUUGCCAUUUAAUUGGUGUGAGGAUUUUCUAACUUUGGCAGACUGACAUGUAGUUAAGGACUUGGUGUAAUUGGAAUGCAGGUCUUCUUUUUCUGUAUCUUAAACCAUCCUGUUCAGAAUUUGGGGACAAUAAAAUCACAUUGAAUCCAAGUCUUAUCAGAUGCAAUAUACUGAGCUAGUAGUGCACCCAAAACCACUAAACGCCUUGUUACUGUUUACAUAUAAAUCUCCAAGUUGAGUUUUGUUAAUGGAGGGGUAGCACAGAUAUUAAUUAAUGCUGUGGUGAUCUCAAACAUAGCUACUGCCAUAUAAAGUUGCACAUGAGCACUUGGAGGUUAUCGUACUUUAACUAAGAGCUUACUUAAGAGAACUAAAACAGGCAAAAAUGGCAAAUAUUUCUCUGGUUAGGAAGGACAUCAGAGUUUUAACUGGGUUAAGUAUCAAGAGGGGUUGUUUUACUUUCUUAAAAGUGUGAGCUUUAGCUUAUGUGUACAGAGUGAUCCUAGUGUUCAUUUGUAUUUAAAUUUUUCACCAAAAGAGAGAAGUAAAGUAUUCAGUGGCUUACUUGUAAAAUGCGCUGUAAAAGAGCUACAGUUGUCUGCUGCUACUGUUCUGCUGUGAGUAUGCAGGUCUUGAAACUCUUUGCAUGCAUGCUUUGCGGCACAACAACUUGGGAAUAUUUAUCUGAAUAAGGGAAAAUAUAGGUUAUUUAAAUGUAUAUAAUUUAAAAAAUCUUUGUGAGUUAAUCUUCUAUAAGAUCAGAGGUAUAUUGGUAUGAAUAGCUGUGUAGUAGUAAGGGUGUUUGGGGGUUUUGUUUUUGUUUUUUUUUUUACUUUAAAUCAACUUCAGACAUUUCUAGUGUUCUUUAAAAUACUUUUAACUUAUUAGCAGAUAAUUAUUAGGGGAAAUCUUUGAGUAAGCAGUUGCAAUGCAGUGCAUGAAUUGCUUUUAUUAAAAAAUACAUAGCAAUAUUUGUUUUGAAAAAAUAUAUAAUGUCAAAAUGCACUGUUUUAAAUUUGAAAGCUUUUCUUUGAGUUUAUACUUGUAAACUUCACUACAAAAAAAAUUAUUCAUCUUUAACACUGCCCAGAUACAUUUGAAACCUCAGAUAGCUUUCUGUGUAAUAGAAUAAGCAAAUAUAUGGUAAAUCAUGUAUAUUUAACGUAGGUAACCUCGCAUUUUUCUUGAUUUACUACUGAUAUGCAGCAAGUGAGUACACACGUAAUGAAAGAGUAAAGCAUGUGUAUUAAUUGUGCAAGUGAAUUUGUAAUAUAGAUGCAGUGUGUGAAUGAACUUGCUAACUUAGAUCAUCACAUCUGUAGCAUUCAAACAGGAAGCACAGUUAUUUUAUGUUAGCAUAAAGAAAAAAGAACUCAGUGAAACUUAUAUUUGUGAAAGGGUUGGAAAAGGAUAUUAAGUUUUUUAAUUUCUCAUCAGCGUGAUCAUUUCUAAAUAACAGGUUAGUAGGUGCCUGUAAUUAGAAACACCAUCUUUGUAAAUUAAAUCAACAUUCCAUGUAAAUAUUUUAGUUUAUAUGCUGAUAAAGCCAGCAGCUCUGGGCAGUUGUAUCCUAAAUGCAUAUUUGGCCUUGGGGUCAUUGAAUUUGGUUUAAAAUUAGAUGAAACAAUUGAAAUAGAGCAACACCAAAAAAUUAAGAGUUUUUGAAUGUUUGUACUGGAAUUAUUGACAUAUAUUAUAUCUCACUAUUGACACGUAUACUGUAGUUGAACAGCCUAAUGUAACUUCAAACAUAUCUGUCAGAUUUCACUAUUUUUUCUGGUGGACUUAAGGUUGUUUGUAACAUAAAUAACAUCUCAGUGAUUUAUAUUAAUUGCAUGAAAAUCACAGUCAUAGUGUGGGCUGGAGAAAUGUUCUCUAUUUUUUAAUUAUUCAAAAUGUAAUUAUUUUUACAGGGAAUGUUCUUCAGCAAAUCACUAGAGUCCUACACCUGCAAGAUGCUGAGUGCCCUCACUUUCUUUUGCAGACAGCAAUAGCUGAGGGUGCUCUGCACCUCUCAGGAUCUGGUCCUUUUAUAUCAGGGGAGGGUCAGUCUUAUUAAACAAUAUGCUAAUACUGCUAGUAAACUGUAGCGCAUCAGACCACUAUUGUACUAUAUCUUUUAAAUAAGGGAACUGUUUUUGCCCUCUGGGAAACAGACCCUGUAAUGGUCUGAAAACCCUGUUAGAAACAGAGGGGUUCUGGCUGCCCUGCAGCCUUGUUACCGGCGCUGUAGUGUCCUUUUGAAACAAUUUUAAGACUUAUUCCCAUGUUGGUAGGGUCUAGGAGGGCCUCAUACAAUAUGCGUACUUUGUGGGGUGAUAGACUGAAAGCUCCACACACUUUGUCCCUUUUACAGAGAGACUUGCUUUCUGAUCCUCUGUGUGGCAAUGUUAAUAUUUAACACAGGGUGAUCACAUACCUAUUUCCUAGCAAGAAGAUAAUUUAAUUGUUCUGGUGGUGAGAGAACAAGGACAAAUGAAACCAUGUAUACACACAGCAAACAAAAGGAAUAAAGUAUGGGGGAAUCUUUAAGCUCCUAGAAAUAAGUUUGUAAUGAGUUAUUAGAAAGGAGAAUGGGACAGCCCAUUCCAGUAAAUCUCUCUUUAAAAACUAGCAUUAUUGCAGUGUGUUCUCACGAAGAAAAGUAGAGGCUUCCAUAUAUGGUACUAGGUCAAGACAAAAAAUGUUUUAGCUUGACAGUUUUAUUAAUUGGACAACAGCAUGCCCAUUUUACUGAAUUACAAACCCACUUCUUGAUAAACUUCCUCCAUUACAAUAAAAAUAAUGUAUUGUAUGUUUCUGACUUGUAAGGUUUUAUGGAUAAAGGUGACAAAACAUGUCUUAAAUAUUAUGCAUAUUCAGUUUGUGCUGUUUGGUUUUUAGAUAAUUGAAUGUUUUUACAUCCAAGUACAGAUAUUUUUAUUGUAUUUUUGCUGUUUUCCAUAGUAAAACAAAUGUUAACAUUUUAUACUAUUGUAUCCAGCUUUAUACUUGAAGUUGCCAUCAAUUCAGACAUUGAUGUCAUGCCUGAAAUCUCAUUUUACCUUCUUAUGCAGAACAAUAAAUUAUUGAUAUAAUCGA